AUGACUAAAGAAACAAUUCGGGUAGUAAUUUGCGGCGAUGAAGGGGUUGGUAAAUCCAGUUUAGUGGUAUCAUUAACUAAAGCUGAAUUUAUACCGACCAUACAAGACGUAUUGCCCCCCAUCAGUAUUCCGAGAGACUUCUCAUCAUCACCUUCAUACUCUCCCAAAAAUACAGUUCUCAUAGAUACUUCAGAUUCGGAUCUUACGACUUUAGAUCAUGAAUUAAAAUCUGCAGAUGUCCUUUGGCUUGUGUAUUGCGAUCACGAAUCGUAUGAGCAUGUUUCUCUCUUUUGGUUACCUCACUUCAGAUCUCUGGGAUUGAAUAUUCCUGUCAUUCUCUGCAAAAAUAAGUGCGAUUCCCUAUCAAAUACCAAUUCUAAUGCAAUGUCAUCAUCAGCAGAUAGUGAUGAUAUUGAUACCAAAGUGGAAGAUGAGGAAUUUAUUCCGAUUCUAAUGGAGUUUAAAGAAAUUGACACUUGCAUUAAGACUAGUGCCAAGACUCAGUUUGAUCUUAAUCAGGCAUUUUAUCUUUGUCAAAGGGCUAUAACACACCCAAUAUCACCCUUGUUCGAUGCCAUGGUUGGUGAAUUAAAGCCAUUGGCUGUCAUGGCUUUGAAAAGAGUUUUCCUCUUGAGCGAUUUAAACCAGGAUUCAUACUUGGAUGAUAACGAGAUCUUGGGAUUGCAAAAGAAAUGCUUCAAUAAAAGUAUCGACGUAAACGAAUUGAAUUUCAUAAAAGAUUUGCUUCUGGAUAUUCCUAAACACGAUCUAGAGUAUGCUAAUAAUAAGUUGUACGUGCCUGGGAAGGGCAUCACAAAAGAUGGUUUCCUUGUCCUAAACAAAAUUUACGCUGAAAGGGGACGGCAUGAGACUACAUGGGCUAUAUUAAGGACUUUCCACUACACAGACUCCCUGUGUAUUAAUGAUAAAAUCCUUCACCCGAGGUUGGUUGUGCCUGAUACUUCCAGCGUGGAAUUGAGCCCUAAGGGGUACAGAUUUCUUGUAGAUAUUUUCUUAAAGUUCGAUGUCGAUAACGAUGGUGGUUUGAAUAGUCAAGAACUACAUCGUCUAUUUAAGUGUACACCAGGGCUACCUGAACUAUGGACAUCAACAAAUUUUCCCUUCUCCACAGUUGUGAACAACAAGAGCUGCAUCACUUUACAAGGCUGGUUAGCCCAGUGGAGUAUGACGACUUUCUUGAAUUAUAGCACAACUACCGCAUACUUAGUGUAUUUUGGCUUCCAAGAAGAUGCAAGACUCGCCUUACAAGUAACUAAGCCAAGAAGAAUGAGACGUCGUUCAGGGAAGCUUUACAGAUCCAACGUCAAUGACAGAAAAGUGUUUAAUUGCUUUGUCGUAGGAAAGCCAUGUUGCGGCAAGAGUUCUUUACUAGAGGCCUUCUUGGGCAGAACAUUCUCAGAGGAGUAUUCUCCCACGAUUAAACCAAGAAUUGCAGUCAACAGUUUGGAACUAAAAGGUGGGAAACAGUACUAUUUGAUUCUGCAAGAACUCGGAGAACAAGAAUACGCCAUACUAGAGAAUAAGGACAAGUUAAAAGAAUGUGAUGUGAUUUGUCUAACCUACGACUCCAGCGACCCAGAGUCAUUCUCCUAUCUAGUUUCACUUCUGGAUAAGUUUACUUAUUUACAAGACCUACCGUUGGUAUUUGUAGCUUCUAAAGCAGAUCUCGAUAAACAGCAACAAAGAUGUCAAAUUCAACCAGAUGAACUAGCAGAUGAGUUAUUUGUGAAUCACCCAUUGCACAUAUCAUCGAGAUGGCUAAGUUCACUGAAUGAACUCUUCAUAAAAAUUACAGAAGCUGCACUAGAUCCUGGUAAGAAUACUCCAGGGUUGCCAGAGGAAACCACAACUAAAGACGUCGAUUACAGACAAACGGCUCUAAUUUUUGGAUCCACUGUUGGAUUCCUGGCACUGUGUUCCUUCACACUGAUGAAACUGUUCAAGCCAUCAAAGUUCCACAAAUAA